UUUUUGGUUUUUCUUGCAAUUGUCUUUCUGUCUUACAAAUAUGAGCCAAACGACUAUUUACAAAAUCACUCAAAUGCAACAACAAGUUUCCCAACUCGAACAAAAAAUCGAAACACAGACUCAAAUACGUAAGGGAUUGAUGCAUUUAUUAGCACCCUCUUUUGCUCAAAGUGAUAGUAAUGAGAUCAACAGUGAAGUUCUUGAAGCAGCUAAGCAAGACAUUCCUAGAGUACUUGAGGAAGAAAAAAAAGCAUUCGGCUCUCAUGGAAAACAUAGAUAUGUUACGCCACGGCUGCGUUUGCUUGCCCUGAUCAACUUAUUCAAGAAAGAAAGAAAUAUGACUGAUCUCUUAAUUGAUGAUAAAGUGAAUGAGAAUGACUACAGGAUCCUCAGAACAAUCGCAAAAAAUACCCACGAUGAAAUGGAGUUAGAGCUGCUGAAAGCUUUAAAGAGAAAUGACAAAGCAGCUGUGUUGCCUUUAUGGUCUGAAGUGUCUUCUGCUCUAAUCGCAAAAUACACAUUUAAGCUUGAAAGCAAUGCAGCUACUCAUGGCUUUCAUCUUCAAAGAUUUCAGCAUUCAUGGGCAGCCGGUCUAUUGCUCUUCGAAACACAAAAGCACAGAAGUAAUAGAGCAAGAAAUAAGGCUUCUGUUGUUGAAAGAGAGAAUAACUCUAGGAUCAGUGAAAACCAAGUUAGUGUUGAAUCUCUUCGAAAUGAAAAGCCUUCUUUAGAGUACGCAAACCUAUAUUGUGGUGAUAAAUUUGAGGAUUCUGAAGAUGACAUCUUUUCGGAAUGGAAAACAACUGUCGUCCUUGUUCUCCUUCUCCACCUCUUCCACCUUCUCAACCUAAGAAAAGGGGCAAACGCAAUGAAGACAAAAGCCAAUCAGCCAAGUCUAAGCGUACAAGAAGAAAUAAAGUUCACAGCUCCUGAAUUCAGCCUACAUCCAGAAGCUUAA